AUGUCAGUUUUAAUUCGGUUUGCAAAUGAGACGAGAAUAGUGAAGUACAAAGUGUCAAGUUGUGGAUUUGAUAAAGAGUGCGAGAAAACUGCUAUGUUCAAAAAAGCAAAAUUAAUAAUAUGGGAUGAGCAAAGAGUCAAACUUUUGUUGACCAAAUCCCUCCUUCAAAUAACGAUAUUUCGCAUAGCUUUAAAACUCUCAUCAAGAGUCUCUCCAGUUCUUGUUUCUCUCACAUCAAAACCCUCCCCCAUUUCAUUCAGAUCAUUCUACUCUGGUGUGGUGUUGCAUAAAAGCUUAGCUGUUGUUGAUGUUGUUCGGUUGAGUGAAUAUGCUUUGACAGAAGCUAGGUCUGAAAAAUCAGUUGGAUCGUAUGGUAUCGGUUUUUUGGUGUUGAAGCAUUGUCUUACAACUGAGUUAACCGAAGGAAAUGACCCAAAACAUGAGAAUUCCAAAGGAAUUGCUUUGCUUGCUAUGUCUACAUUGUUCUGUGAAAGAGGAGAUUAUGUUGAUGCAAUUGAGAAGCUCAAUGGUGUUCAAGAAUUGAGUAAUUCUUGGGAAUCAGAGUUGCUGCAUAUGAAGCUCAGGCUGGACUUCAUCUAGAGUUGGAACAGGUUGAU